CAGCUCAUCCGUUAGUCACAUUCAAAGUUAUACACAACAUCAUCUCCCAGUGCAUUCUCUCAUUUUCACCAUGGGUUAUCCUAAUCAGAUGAGCAACUGUAUGGCGUUGUCAGUUUUGGUUCUGGUAUUGCUUCAAAUGAGCGUCGCCAUUAGCGCUGGUUCCAUCCACACCCGCAUCACGGCCGAAAUCGGCGCUGGUAGAGGAGUGAUGCCGAAGCUCAGCCGGAACUUCCAGCGGAUCUCCCGCAACACGGUGGCGGCCCAGAAACCGGAAUCGCAGCCGGAGAGUCGGGUGGAGCAUCAGCAAUCGGAUGUCGCGGUGGUGACUAUCACGGCCUCGACCAUGUCGACCAAUGAGGAAAUGGCCGAAAUGAAACCCGCGGAGAUGGUCGUCAUCGACGCCGAGUCGCCACCAGCAUCAACAUCGACCACCGUUUCUUCUUCCGGCAAUGCGAUGACCGCCGAAAUCACGACCGAUGCGGCCCUGCCCAUGUGGGAUUCCACCAAGAUCGAAACACCGAAAAUGACGAAGGCGGACGACUCGUCGGCUUCCGACGAAGAUGAGCCGGCCCGUCAACCGGAACUGAUCCCUUCGUUCGUCGACCGCAAGAAGGAAGCCGAGCGUUUGCGCAAAGUCGUUUCCGCCUUCCAUUUGAACCGCGUUCUGGGCACGACGGCGCCCACUCCCGGCGGCCUCUUCGGCGGGUUCCCCAUCACGGCCGCACCGUCGACCAGGCAGAGGGCCCUGGGAUUCCCGCUGCUCAUCACCAACACCCUCGACAAUUUCCACCAUCAACUCGACUGGUCCCGAUUCGGUUCCUUCUCGGCCGAGCUGGAAUAA